UACAAAACGGGCAUCAUCUCAGCAAAACUGCAUCCUGGGACUGAAUAUGGAGAUGCAAGGCCACUAUGUGGACCCCUCCUUAAUUAACUUUGUCACCGACAUGGACCUGAUGGGGUUCCGUGGUAAGUACGCCUUGCCACCCAAACAGCAGGUGGAUGAUACCCCGUCCAGUCCUCACGACCGCCAGGUGCGUCUGAACGACCCGUCCUGGGGUCGCGGCUUGGAGGACGGCGCGCGCACCGCGCACCUCCGCGCAGAGCGCCUGGUGGCGCAGCCCCCGCGGUGCUACCACCGCCACGCCAGUAAGUCCAAGCGGAGGCGGAUCAUCACCGUGGUCCAGCGGCAGGCCGCCAACGUGCGGGAAAGGAAGCGCAUGUUCAGCCUGAACGAGGCGUUCGACGAGCUGAGGAGGAAAGUUCCCACGUUCGCCUACGAGAAGAGGCUGUCGCGCAUCGAGACCCUGCGCCUCGCCAUCGUCUACAUCUCCUUCAUGACGGACCUGCUGGAAAACACCUGA